AUGACCAGCUCCGAAAACAAGUCCAAGAAACAUAGGACCAAAGAAGAGGAUUCGAGUAACGUGAGCGUCAAGGCAGGAGGCAGCACAGGGGAGGAAAGUCCGUCAUUGCAGUUGAAAAAAGAUAAAAAAAAGAAACAUAAAGAUAAAGAGAACGAGUUGAAGGCUGAGAGCCCGAGCCAAGCGAGCUUGAAAGUAGAAGGCACCGAAGAACAGGAGCCGUCAUCAAAUGCUGAAAAGCCAAAGAAACAAAAGUCUAAGCACAGCAAGGACAAGGGUGAAAGCAGUCAUGGUCCAAGUCAAACAAGUGACGGAGGAGCAGACGACGCAUCAGCGGAGAAAGCUGGUGACUCAGGCACUACGGGCGAAAAAAAGAAGAAGAAAAGCAAAAGUGAGACAGAAGGUGAGCCAGUCGGCAGUGAAGAAGGUGCAACAGCAAAAUCUGAUGCAAAAAAGAAGAAAAAAAAGACAGAUGAAGAAAAAUCGCAUGAAGAACUACCUUCAGGAGAUAGUGUGAAUGCUAAAGAUGGUGGGAAAAAGAAAAAGAAGAAAGACAAGGACGAAAGCAAAGAAUCUGCAGGGACGCAUGAGAGUAAUGAGGAGAAAGCGCCUGAAGAGCUACAAGCAGGAGAUGGCGUGAACGCUGCCAAAGAAGCUGGAAAGAAAAAAAAGAAGAAAGACAAAGACGAAAGCAAAGAAUCUGAAGGGACGCAUGGGACUAAUGAGGAGAAAGCGCCUGAAGAGCUACCAGCAGGAGACGCUGUGAGCGUUGCCAAAGAAGCUGGAAAGAAGAAAAAGAAGAAAGACAAGGACGAAAGCAAAGAAUCUGAAGGGACGCAUGAGAGUGGCAACCCUGAUUCAGAAAAGACAAUGGAAAAAAAGAAGGAAAAAAGCAAGACAAAAGAUGCUGGCGAAAACGCUGAAGGAAAGAAUGGCGACUCUGCCAACAAGGAGGAAAAGAAAAAGAAGAAAGCCAAGGAAGAGGCAAAAGACCAAGGAGAAAACGCCGGAGAUUCGGCCACAGAAGCGAAAGAAAAAUCGAAGCGGGCCGAUGAGAAAAAAGACGCACUAGUAUCUCCCGAAAAGCAGGAGGACGAAACAGAAGCUCCAGACGCCAAAAAAAAGAAAAAAAAGGACAAGUCAGAGGCACAAGAUGCAGCAACGAGCAAGCAUGAAAGUGGGACUGACGAAAGCAAGUCGAAGAAGAAAAAAAAGGAGAAAAGCGACGCUCCUGAUGCAAUGGACGAUGGUGGAGAGAAACAGAAAUCCACAAGCAGCUCGGCCCCUAACUUUUCUAGUCGUAAGUACUGCCACUCUCUGCCAAGACAAAUAUUCUUACACUGA